CCCGAGUAGCCUAUCUCCGAGUAUUCUGUUCGUGUCUUUGACCUCCCCUCUGGGGUACGGACAUACAAGACUACAUAUUCAGCUGAGUUAGAAGCGUUCAUACCAUCCAAGAAGCCAGCUUUUCGAACACCACGAUUGAGCAAACCACAUCGAAACGCGGCUUGUGAAUAUGGGAAACCAACCCUCCAAGGGCUCUGGAGCGAACUCACCGAAAGGUGGUGCGUCCCAGGCGUCAUUGGGCGACAACCUUCAAUCAUAUCCUUCAUUCAGUAAAGCAGAUACCAAGGAAUCGACGCGAUCAUUCCGUUCGUCUUUGGGCUCCAAGAUUCGAGGCAAGACGGACAGCCCGCGCAAUUCUACAUCAGCCUUGAGCAAUGGCGAAACGAUCGUGGAUAGAUCAGAUGUUGCCUCGGUGAAAUCUGGAAAGAGUUCGCGCUCAGCACGUCGUCCAGAUGCAGAAGAUUCCCCGAUUUCAGCCCCUACGUCACCUGGAGCAGAGUCCCCAGAUGGCGGUGCGACUUUGGAUGAUCCGGAGCCUCCUCCAUCCCCAAUUCAGUCGGCAUCCAUGAAAGCAGGGCAUCAUGAUGUGGAUGCUGCACAGCGAAGUGGAGAGGUCGAUCACGUCUCUGAUCAACCUCCUUCGGGCGGAACGAACCCACACACGCAUCUCCAAGCGGCUGGAGCCUCGAUCUUGGUAAAGAGGGCGAACACGAUCAAUCCAAUUACGCAGGAUCCUGUCGAGACUUCAACACCAGAUCAAGAUGGGGCACCAGGGUCUUCCGUGGCAAUGGGAGACUUGAAGGAUUCGGACAUCGAUGACUAUAUCAAGAGACUCUUGGACGCAGGAUAUGCUGGAAAGAGCACAAAGGGGGUUGUUCUUAGAAAUGCAGAGAUUACCUCGAUCUGCUCCCGAGUCAGAGAGAUUCUGCUGGAACAGCCACCAUUGAUUGAGUUGGAGGCCCCUGUGAAGAUUGUGGGCGAUAUUCAUGGGCAAUACUCCGACCUUAUCCGCAUGUUCGAGAUGUGCGGCUUUCCCCCAUCAUCGAACUUCCUGUUUCUGGGCGAUUAUGUCGAUCGAGGCAAGCAUUCGUUGGAAACGAUACUGCUUCUCAUGUGCUACAAGAUCAAGUAUCCGGAGAACUUUUUCUUGCUACGGGGAAACCACGAAUGUGCGAAUGUUACAAGAGUGUAUGGGUUUUAUGAUGAGUGUAAACGAAGGUGCAACGUGAAGAUCUGGAAGACAUUUGUAGAUACAUUCAAUUGCCUCCCAAUCGCUGCAAUCGUUGCAGGAAAGAUCUUUUGUGUCCACGGCGGACUCUCCCCGGCUCUCAGUCAUAUGGACGACAUUCGAAAUAUUGCCCGACCUACCGAUGUGCCUGAUUAUGGCUUGCUGAACGAUUUACUGUGGUCUGAUCCCGCAGAUCAAGAAAAGGACUGGGAAACCAGCGAAAGAGGUGUCAGUUACUCUUUCGGAAAGAAGGUCAUAACAGAUUUCCUCUCCCGACACGACUUCGAUUUGGUCUGCAGAGCACACAUGGUUGUUGAAGAUGGGUACGAGUUCUUUGAGGACCGAAUCUUGGUGACCGUGUUUUCUGCACCGAACUACUGUGGAGAAUUCGACAACUAUGGGGCGGUGAUGAGCGUUUCUACCGAAUUGCUCUGCAGUUUUGAGCUACUGAAACCUUUGGACUCGAGUGCUCUGAAGAGCCAGAUGAAGAAGAGCAGGAAUAAGCGCAACAGUAUGCUGAACAGUCCGCCACCUUCUGGUUUCAUCCCACAGAGCGUUUAGAAGAUCGAACGGGAGCAUCACAAUCACAACUAUUUUAUGGGACAUCUGUAUCGAUCAUACGGAUCCAAAUAUCUGGUACAUCUAGAAAGGCUUAUGGUAAUG